AUGGCCUCCCAACAACCCAAAGUCACCUCUCUGGUGGACCUCCCCUCCUCGGAAGCAAAAUGGGUCAAGCUCCAAAAAGCGACCUACAUCGACGCCAAAGGCAAAGAAAGAGUCUGGGAAAUUGCCAGUCGCAAAACGACCGGCAAGUCUGGCGUCGACGCCGUCGCAAUGGGGAACAUCAUCUACCACCCCACCAAACCACCGUCCACAAUCAUCGUCAUCCAGUUCCGCCCGCCCGUCAAUGCUUUUACCAUUGAGUGGCCAGCAGGACUCAUCGACGCCAACGAGACGCCGGAACAAGCCGCCGUCCGCGAAUUGUACGAAGAGACGGGUUACCAGGGAAAAGUCGUGUCUUCGUCGCCAGCCGUGUCUGCGGAUCCGGGCAUGACGAGCGCGAACAUGGUGCUGUGCAUGGUUGAGAUCCAUUUGAAAGAGAACGAUCCCGAGCCCGAACAGCAUCUUGAUGAGGGCGAGGAUAUUCAGCGCGUGAAUAUCCCGUUGGCGGAUCUGUUUGAUAGGCUGGAGGAGUUUGCAAAGGAGGGGUAUGUGGUUGCGGCAAAGUUGUAUCAUUGGGCUGCUGGGGUGCAGUAUGCGAUCGAUCAUCCGGAGCUAUUUAAGAAGAUUGGAGAGAAGGACGCGGGUGCGUAG